UCUACAGCAAUCACAGUCGCAUCUCUAAAUAAAUUCCACGCGAAAGAUUACUCUUGCAAGUUUAGUGAGUCGAUGAUCGUUCCGUACUUAAGUUUGUUGAACAAAAAUCUCCGAUGGCUCUGGUUUCACUUCGGGACUACGAGAAGCGUGCGGCCGAAAUAAUUCCGCGACAUGCACUGGAUUACUAUCGAAGCGGAGCCGGGGACGAAUUGUCCCUCCGGUUGAAUCGAAUUUGCUUCGAUCGACUGCGUAUCCGGCCUCGAGUACUGAAAAGUGGUGCCAAACGAGAUAUGACAGUGCGACUUUUUGGAGAUGAGUAUUCGAUGCCGAUUGGAAUUGCUCCGACGGCGAUGCAACGCAUGGCUCACUAUGAAGGGGAAGUGGCUAAUGCGAAGGCGGCUGCCAGCCGAAAUGUUGGAUUCACGCUCAGUACCAUCGCCACUAGUUCGAUCGAGGAAGUUGCCACCGGAACACCGAAGUCACCCAAAUGGUUUCAACUUUACAUCUACAAGGAUCGUAAGAUCACGGAAAGCUUGGUACGUAGAGCGGAAAAAACUGGUUUCAGGGCAAUCGUUCUCACAGUUGAUGCCCCGAUGUUUGGACUACGUCGAGCGGAUAUGCGUAAUAAAUUUUCUCUUCCACCGAAUUUAAUGUUGGCCAACUUCGAAGGACGGCAAGCAACUGGUGUUCAAAGUAAAGGUGGCUCAGGAAUCAAUGAGUAUAUUCACGAACAGCUAGAUCCAACACUAUGCUGGGAUGAUGUAAAGUGGUUGCUGAGCUUCACAAAACUUCCAGUGAUCGUUAAAGGAGUUCUGACGAAAGAAGACGCAAUAAUUGCCGCCGAUCUUGGCGUUCAUGGUAUUUGGGUAUCCAACCACGGAGCCAGACAGUUGGAUUCCGUUCCAGCGUCGAUUGAAGCCUUACCGGAAAUAGUAGCAGCAGUAGGCGAUAGAACUACCGUUGUAAUUGAUGGUGGUAUAACGGAAGGCACCGACAUUUUCAAAGCUAUUGCCCUCGGUGCUAAAAUGGUAUUGUUCGGAAGGCCCGCUCUCUGGGGCCUAGCAAACGGUGGCCAACAAGGAGUUGAAAAUAUUCUGGAUAUUUUGAAAAAAGAGUUGGACUUAACAAUGGCAUUCGCAGGAUGCCAGCGUGUUUCCGACAUCAGUAAGGAUCAUGUAGUUCAUGAAUCAUUCUAUGCAAAACUUUAACAAAGUGCCGUAUAAGUAGACAUCAACAUUUCAUAUGAACACAUAAGUUUCUUGCUAAUAUUCUUGCGAAAUGAAUAAAAAACAGCUCUAAUAAAAAAUAUUAUAUGACGAAAGUACCUUCCUAGUAAGGAAUGCGUAUUUACUAGGUAACACCAUAAAUAAAAUAAAACUAGA